AUGGCCUCGCCUCACGUCCUGAUCAUUGGCGCGGGCAUCACAGGCCUCGUUCUCGCCCAGGCACUACGCAAACACGGAGUGCCCUUUUCCAUCUUCGAGCGAGAUUCUGAUCCUCUUUAUCGCGGCAAAGGCUGGGGACUGACGAUCCACUGGUCUCUGGAUGCGUUUCUCCAGCUCUUACCGGAGGAUCUGAUCGAUCGUCUGCCAGAGACGUAUGUCGACCCGGAGGCUGUCGCAAAGGGGGAGAAUGGUAAUUUCUUGCUGUUUGAUCUCAGGACCGGAGAGAUGAAGUGGAAGGUUCCUCCGGCAAAGAGGUUGAGGGUGUCGAGAGAGCGGCUGCGCAGGUUGCUGAUGAAUGGAAUUGAUAUCCAGUGGAAUAAAUCUAUUUCUGGUAUCAGUCAGCUGUCAGACACGGCUGUCCGCUGUGAAUUUACAGACGGCUCUUCCGCAGAAGGGACUCUGCUGGUAGGAUGUGACGGCUCUCGAUCAAAGACACGCUCUUUGCUUUGUUCUUUGGCUGCAAACGAAACGCCAGCCAGGUGUGAGAACCAUUCGCUUCCUAUACGCCUGCUGGGGGUGAGCACUCCCUUACCUCCUCGUGUUGCUCUCAAGAUGAAAGCCUUAGACCCAUUAUUCCUACAAGCGAGCGACCCAGCUACUAAUAACUUCUUUUGGUUCUCGUUCCUUGAUACCCCAGUUAACAAUGAUCGCGAGGAUCGUGAUACAUAUGAGUGCCAGAUCCUGAUAAGCUGGCUGUGUCGCAAGGGGGCCUCUAAUAUGGAGAUACCAACUGACAACGUUGACAAAAUAAAACUCAUGCAUUUAUUGGCUGAUGGAUGGGUUGAACCCUUCCGCGAGGUUGUGCAGAGCAUCCCAGAGGGCACAGAGCCCAAGGUCCUCUCCUUGGAGGACUGGCCCACCCCACCAAAGGGCUCAUGGACCAAUCUAGGUGGCAUGGCAACCCUGGUCGGAGACGCUGCCCACGCAAUGACAAUGUUUAUCAAGCCGUCGCCACACUCUCCGGAGAAGACGCAGCAGGAAGUGAUCAACGAGUAUGAGGAGGAGAUGAUCACUCGUGCUAGGCCAGCAGUUCUUCGGAGCCGCAAAGCGUGCCUUGACGCCCAUGACUUUCCUUCAAUAACGGCGGACUCCCCACUUGUCGCACGGAGGGGCGCAUUUGAAGACGACGAUCUAGAAUAUCUUAUCGAUUAG